UUCUGGUCUCCAUGUCGGACAACCAGAGUUGGCAUUCCUCCGGCUCCGAGGACGAUCCUGAGACGGAGCUUGGGCUGCCUGUUGAGCUCUGCGGGGUGCUCAGCAAGUGGACCAACUACAUUCAUGGGUGGCAGGAUCGAUGGGUAGUCCUGAAAAGCAACACACUCAGUUAUUACAAGUCUGAAGAUGAAACAGAGUAUGGCUGCAGAGGCUCUAUCUGUCUGAGCAAGGCUGUGAUUACACCCCAUGACUUUGAUGAAUGCAGAUUUGAUAUUAGUGUAAAUGAUAGCGUUUGGUACCUCCGAGCUCAGGACCCAGACCACAGACAGCAGUGGGUAGAUGCAAUUGAACAACACAAGACUGAAUCUGGGUAUGGCUCAGAGUCAAGUUUACGACGUCAUGGCUCCAUGGUGUCUCUUGUUUCUGGAGCAAGUGGAUACUCUGCAACAUCAACCUCUUCGUUCAAGAAGGGCCACAGCUUACGUGAGAAGCUUGCAGAAAUGGAAACCUUUAGAGACAUUUUGUGUAGACAAGUUGAUACUUUGCAGAAAUACUUUGAUGCCUGUGCAGAUGCUGUUUCCAAAGAUGAACUCCAGAGGGAUAAAGUGGUAGAAGACGAUGAAGAUGACUUCCCUACAAUGCGUUCUGAUGGGGAUUUUUUACAUAACAGUAAUACCAGUAAGGAAAAAUUGUUUCCAAAUGUGACACCCAAAGGAAUUAAUGGCAUAGACUUUAAAGGAGAAGCUAUAACUUUCAAGGCCACUACUGCUGGAAUCCUUGCUACUCUCUCUCAUUGUAUUGAACUCAUGGUAAAACGUGAAGAAAGCUGGCAAAAAAGGCUAGAUAAGGAGGUAGAGAAAAGGAGGAGAACUGAAGAAGCAUACAAAAAUGCUGUGACAGAACUAAAGAAAAAGUCCCACUUUGGAGGGCCGGACUAUGAGGAGGGUCCUAAUAGUCUGAUUAAUGAAGAAGAGUUCUUUGAUGCUGUUGAAGCUGCUCUUGAUAGACAGGAUAAAAUGGAAGAACAGUCCCAAAGUGAAAAGGUUAGAUUACACUGGCCAACAUCCUUACCUUCUGGAGAUGCAUAUUCUGCUGUGGGGACUCAUCGAUUUGUCCAAAAGCCCUAUAGUCGCUCUUCCUCCAUGUCUUCCAUUGAUCUAGUCAGUGCCUCUGAUGAUGUUCACAGAUUCAGCGCCCAGGUGGAAGAGAUGGUACAAAAUCACAUGACAUACUCCUUGCAAGAUGUAGGAGGAGAUGCCAAUUGGCAGCUAGUGGUAGAAGAAGGAGAAAUGAAGGUAUACAGAAGAGAGGUGGAAGAAAAUGGAAUAGUUUUAGAUCCUUUGAAAGCAACCCAUGCUGUUAAAGGGGUAACAGGGCAUGAAGUCUGCCACUACUUCUGGAAUGUAGAUGUUCGCAAUGACUGGGAAACAACAAUUGAAAAUUUUCAUGUUGUGGAAAAUUUAGCUGAUAAUGCAAUCAUCAUUUACCAGACACAUAAGAGGGUGUGGCCAGCUUCUCAAAGGGAUGUGCUGUAUUUGUCUGCCAUCAGAAAGAUACCAGCAUUCAGUGAAAACGAUCCUGAAACAUGGAUUGUGUGCAAUUUCUCUGUGGAACAUGACAGUGCCCCUCUGAACAAUCGCUGUGUUCGUGCCAAAAUAAACAUUGCUAUGAUCUGUCAGACAUUAGUAAGCCCACCAGAGGGGAACAAGGAAAUAAGCAGGGACAACAUCCUAUGCAAGAUUACCUAUGUAGCUAAUGUAAACCCAGGAGGAUGGGCGCCAGCGUCAGUGUUGCGAGCAGUGGCAAAACGUGAAUAUCCCAAAUUCCUGAAGCGUUUUACAUCAUAUGUACAAGAGAAAACAGCAGGAAAGCCUAUUUUAUUCUAGUACUAGCAGUGAUCAGAACAAGACUGGGUGAGCAUUCCAUGUUGGAGAAGUGACCAUGCAUAAAGCACUCCAUGCUGGAACGAAGGAUCUACAGUCUUCUUAUGGCCCAAGUUCUAGGCUUUGUAUACUGAAUUGAAGAAGUGUUGCAACACCACAAGGCUGAAUAUUUAACACUAGCUCUCUCCUGCUAACUUUUUCUUGCUCAAUCAGUGUGUAAUUAUAAAUACAUGUACUGAUAACAUGUAUAUGGCUCUAUUUUUAUUUGCUUGCUUUAGAAGAGGAAGAACACUUACAACUUUGAAUCACCAGUGUGGAUUACCGCUUUAAUUUUAAACAAGUUGCAGAGUUUCACAGUCUGCCUUAUUGAGAUACUCACGCAGUUUUUGUGCAUGUCUAAAAAGCACAAAAGACAAACUCACACAGAGAAUACUGUAUGUGCUUUGUAUGCACAAAACUACGUGGUAUUUUAGAGGGGAGGGACUUCAGUAAAGCCUAGGUGAGUUAUUGGCAGGUUACGUUUUGCUUUGUAAAAUCAUAAUUCAUUGCUGCUGGUUUCUGUAAUGAAUCAUCUUGUUACAUAAACUGUCAGUUGAUAACUGAGGGCUGUCGAUAUCCUUAUGACUUUGCCUUUUCUAUUGUCUUACUCUUAUGAUGAUUAUUGGUUCUGAAGGAGUAAGAGUGUUGAAAAGCUUUAUUUUUUUCCAGAUAUCUUUAUAUUUCUAUUGUAUUUUUUAGUUAUAUAAUAUGUGCUACAGAAUUUUUGUUAUCAAACGUGAUCCAGAAAUACCUACGAAGAUUCUGUAAGAGAGAGCAAGAGACUGCCUGAAAGCCAGAAGUCAUCUGUCCAUGCUGUCUGUGGACUGCUUUCUUGCACGAUGUCCAGGGCUUUCCCAAAGCUGUGAGAAGGUACACUGUAAUAUUUAUUGAAGUAAUUUGGACUAUGUAAGAAAACAUUCCCAGUCUAGAAUGAGGAUGAGUACAUUAUUUUCAGAUCCUUCGUGUUUCCCUCAUCUUAAUAAAGCCAUACUAUGAGGUUCAUGUAGAAGAUGUGUCAUGAUCAGAACCCUGUUAGAGCUAUCAGGAUAUGCAGAGUUGUUACUGGAAAGUCACCUUUAGUUGCCGUGAGAAUGUAAAUGUCAGGUUCUUGCCUGCCUUUGAUUCUAGACAUGCUCAUUAGGAGAGGACUGUGGCAGACUGGUUCUGACUUUGAGGUCUUGUAUUCAUGUCCCUUAGUUGGAAACUCUGUAGAGACUGCUCAGUGUUUCACUAACCUGUGUGUCUCCAAAAAAAAGCUUCAUAUUAUUUUUCAGAAAGCCGCAAGUUUUAUUUGUUACACUAUGGUAGGUGCCUGAAAAUAUAAUACAGUAACUUAAUGGGGAUUUGUUAAAUUAUUAAAUGUGAUCUGCACAGUGCUGAAAAACUUUAUCUGUUCAUCUCUUUGUAAAGACAAAAUCGUACAUAACAUGUGCAUGCAUAUUUCAUGCUCCAUAGCUCUCCCAUUUUUAUUUGCCUUUCUCUAAUGGUGUGCAUGGAAUAUGCCUUAUUACAGAGUUAUUCUGUUAAUUUGAAUAUGUAGAGAAGUGCCUAUAUGGUAAUGCUAGUAAGGCAAAUAAGAUGAAAAUUUGUACGUUUACUAUAUCACCAGUGAGCAUUUUGUAUAGCGAUGUUAAAAAUCUUAUACCUCAAAUGUACUUCAUCUUUUUACAAUCAGCCAAGCAGUGGUUCAUUCCACCAUAGCCACUAAUGGGAAUUUUAGAAAUUUAAAAAAAAAUUAAAAAAAAGAAUCCAAAAUAUAAAGAGUUUUAACUCCUUGGUUGCCAUUUCUGGCAAUGGUUGGAACACAGGAGAGUUUAUUAAUAAUUGGACAGCUUUAUUUUACAAAGGUAUGGAACGUUUACAAAGCAGUAUAUAAACUUCUAUCAUUAGUUGCAUUUGCACUAAAUGUGAUGUACUUUUGCAAUUUAUUCUGUAAAUAAAAUUACACUACAGAUACUAUUUGUAAAGAAUACAUUUUACUUUUAGAUAAAGGCACUGGUACUUCACUACAGCUAGCCCUGUCCAAUCAGUUGUAAGAGGCUUCUUAAUAUGGAAGGAGUUGCAAGACUAAGAAAUCGGUAUUAACUGACUUCUUUAUAAACAAAUGAAAAAAGGGCAGUUCUCUGUAGGCCUCUCAGAUUGUCUGUGUGCAAGCAGUCAUUAGAUUCCUUCUUAUGGAAGUAAUCUUGCUUCUAUAAUUUUACAAAAUUUGCUGUCUUUUGAGCCUGUCUCUCCUUUCGGUCACUGCCAUGUAUCUGUGUGCUCUGAGUUCACUUCUUCCUGUUAAUGGAUACAGCUGUGGUGGUCCUUGCAGAAGCAGCUCCUGAUGCUAGAGUGGAUGCUUUUAUAUGCUGAACUAAUUUGAAGGCUUGAGAAUGCAUCAGUCUUCUCCAUUAGCAUUCUCUGAAUAUCUGCAUCCAUUUGGAGAAUUUGGACAUUGCCAAACCAGAUCUGAAGAAAAUGACCUAAUAUAACUUGUAUUGUGAAUGGGGAUGAUAUGGUCAUUUUUAUCCUGUCUGAGAACCUGAACAUCUUAUUUAGACAAAUGUAUCUGUGAAAAAUGUGAUGCACUUUUUUUUUUAAAGCAAUUACCUUUUACUUAAUUGGGCUGAGCUGGCUAAUUUGAAGUUGUGCAUAUUCUCUUUAAUCAGAUUGUCCACCUGUAUUUUUGUCAAGUUGUACAGAUAACGCUGUAUUUGAAUUGCCACUGUUCAUUUACAGACUUAAAACAUGAAUCAUAUUUUUGAGUACCUUGAGUGCAUAGAGUGUAACUGUUCUAUAAUAGCUUUAUGAUUCUAAUGAUAAGUUUUCAAAAUUUAAAGAAGUUGGCUCUUCCAUGUUACAAUCACAAAUUUAAAACCAGUAUUUGAA